AUGUAUGAUGCUGCCAGAAAGGGCGAUGUAGCUACAUUUGAGCAGGCUCUUCCUGCAGGUCUGCCACCGAAUCUCACAAACGACAAGGGCGAUACUCUGCUCAUGCUUGCGGCCUACCAUGGCCACGCGGAUCUGGUCAAGGUUCUCAUCCAGCAUGGCGCUGAUCCUAACCGCUUAAACGACCGAGGUCAAAGUCCUCUUGCAGGCGCAGUCUUCAAGAAGGAAGAUGCCGUGAUCCAAGAGUUGCUUGAUGGUGGUGCAGACCCAGAGUAUGGCCAACCAAGUGCUUCCGAGUGCGUCACAAUGUUUAAGCAGGAAGAUAUGUGGAAAGCCAAGUUCGAUGCUGCGCCUGGAAAAGGACAGGCAGGAAAGACACGGAGGGCAGAAAAGAAGGACUAA